ACCUUGUAAAUGAGAGAGUGUAUUUUGAUCCAAAUCGGUCAGGCCGGUAUCCAGGUCGGAAAUGCCUGCUGGGAACUUUACUGUCUCGAACAUGGCAUUCAGCCUGAUGGGAAGUUGACCGCCGACGGAGGAGAUAUAUUCUUUGACAGCUUUUUCAGUGAAACUGUAACUGGAAAAUACGUUCCACGCACCGUAUUCGUUGAUCUUGAACCCACCGCCAUUGACGAUGUCAGGACCGGUGCCUACCGUGAACUCUUCCAACCCGACCAAUUCAUCACCGCCAAUGAAGGUGCCACCAACAGUUUUGCACGUGGUCGUACCAUUGGGAAAAAUGUUGUUGAUCUUUGCUUGGACAGAAUCAGAAAGAUAGCAGAUAACUGCGCUGAUCUUCAAGGUCUCUUGGUGUUCAAUGCCGUGGGUGGCGGCACAGGCUCUGGUUUGGGUUCACUUCUAUUGGAGCAUCUCUCUGCUGAAUACGGGAAAAAAAUCAAGCUUGGCAUGGACGUAUAUCCAUCUCCCCAUGUUUCAACUUCUGUCCUAGAACCCUACAACACCGUCCUUUCAACCAGUGUUCUCCUUGAACAUACUGAUAUGGCAGUGCUUCUCGACAAUGAAUCCGUCUAUGAUAUUUGCAAGCGCUCCCUUGAUAUCCUGCGACCCACUUACAACAACCUUAAUUGUCUUAUCUCUCAGGUUAUUUCAUCCCUCACUACCUCUUUGAGGUUUGAUGCAUCAGUGAAUGUUGAUCUCAAUGAGCUUCAAACCAAUUUGGUUCCUUUUCAUACGACCCAUUUCAUGCUUACCUCAUAUGCCCCUUUUAUUUCUGCCAACAAACCUUACCAUGACCAGCUUUCUUCUGCUGAGAUCACCAAUCGUGUUUUUAACCCUUCUUCCUUGAUGGUUAGGUGCAACCCUCGAUAUGGAAAAUCCUUGGGUUGUUGUUUGAUGUAUCAUGGUGAUAUUGUGCCUAAGGACGUGGUUUCUGCAAUAGCCACCAUUAAGAGAAAUGAAACCCUUCAAUUUGUGGAUUGGUGUUCAGCUAAGUUCAAGGUAGGUAUCAAUUAUUAUCCUCGAACUGUUGUUCCUGGUGGUGAUCUUGCCAAGGUGCAGAGGGCUGUAGGAAUGAUCUCUAACUCUACCAGUGUUGCUCAAGUGUUUUCCAGGAUUGACCAUAAGUUCGAUCUUAUGUAUGCCAAGCGUGCUUUUGUGCACUGGUAUGUGUGUGAGGGUAUGGAAGAAGGUGAGUUAUCACAGGCUCGUGAGGAUCUUGCUGCUCUCGAGAAGGAGUAUGAGGACUUUGCGCCCUACUCUAAUGAUACUUGGGAAGUUGAAAGUGAUGACUCCGAGGAGUUUGAUCUUAUGUCUAGCAAUAAGCGUUCUUUUGUGCACUGGUAUUUGACCGAGGGUAUGGAAGAAGGAGGCUCGUUAGAAUCUUGCUUCUCUCGAGAAGGAUUAUGAGGAAUUUGCUCCCUACUCUGGUGACGCUGAGGAUGGUGUUUGGUGACACUGAGGAAUUUCUUCCUACUGCGAUGGUGAUAUUUGCAAUGUUUUUAAAUCCGGUUGGUCAUUGACUCAGCAAAUUCAUGAGGUUAAUUGUCGAACCAUUGAGUCACAGAUUGCAUUGUAUGAUUGAACUAGAUAAAUCAGAUGACUCGGUUGUAUAACCCAAGUCAAAAAAUGGUAUAAGUAUUAAAUUGGGAAAAAUAGUUAUACAUGAUUCAAUCCAAAACAGGUGCAAAUUUCAAAAUUUAACUGCUUCAGUUCCUGUAAAUCAUUUAAGUAUACCCUAUAGUCAACGUAUAUGUGUGUAGGUGUCCAUAUUAUAAUGUAUGGAUGUCUUCGGUGAAACUUUUGUGGUGUCUUGUAUUCUUCUUUUAUUUGAUAAUCUAUGAUGAUGGUUUUUUAUUGAAUUUGAUAGUUUGUUGCUACGAUGCACAAACACGAUGUUGAUACUGACAU